AUGAAGAUGUUAUCAUCUUUGAAAUUUAUUCUUACAAUCUUGUCUAUUGUUGUUUUGCUUUCCAAUUUGUGCCAGGCUCAAGGUUUGCUAUUGUCUACUGCUCCAAUACAGAUAGGAGAAGAAAAUCAUAUUUCAUUCAAGAGGUCUCCAAAUUCUUCAAGUUUUUUAAAUAGAGCGUCAUUUCCAUCUGAUUUUCUUUUUGGUGCUGGAUCUUCUGCCUUUCAGAUUGAAGGAGAUUUUCAUGAAGGAGGAGGUGGAACGGGAGUAUGGGAAGAAAGAUUUGUGGAUGGUGAUAAAUUUGACACAAUGAUUGAACAUUACAAAAGAUACAAGGAGGAUGUGCAACAUUUGAAGUAUCUUGGAGUGAACUCUUAUAGAAUGUCUAUCUCAUGGAGUAGAAUUUUGCCCGAUGGAACCUUGAAAGGAGGUAUAAACAAAGAAGGUAUCAACUUUUACAACAAUUUGAUCAAUGAGUUACUUGCAAAUGGUAUUGAGCCUCUUGUAACUAUUUUGCACUUUGACUAUCCACUAGCCAUUCAACAAAAUAUUGGUGGCUUCUUAAAUCACACUAUUGUGAAAUAUUACAAAGAUUAUUGUGAACUACUAUUUAAAACAUAUGGAGAUAGAGUAAAACAUUGGACGACAACAAAUGAAGCACAAAUCGUAGCUAUCUACACAUACAUGCAUGGCUAUGAUAAUGACAAUGCUGAACCAUGCCAAGAUUUAAGAAUAUGUUCACAAGCAUAUACAGUCCUUCAUAACUUCCUCAUUUGCCAUGCUACAGCAACACAUUUAUAUAGACAAAAAUUUCAAGAAACACAAAGGGGAGAAAUUGGACUUGUUAUAUCAUCUCAAAGUUUUGUUCCCUAUAGUUCAAAAGCAGAGGAUGUGGCUGCUGCUCAAAGACUAAUGGUUUUCUGGUUGGGAUGGAUUUUAGAGCCAUUGUUUUAUGGAGAUUACCCACAAAUUAUGAGAAACUUAGUGGGGAAUAGGUUGCCCAAUUUCACCGAAAAGGAGAAAUGUAUGAUCAAAGGAAGCGCAGACUUUAUCGCAAUAAAUUAUUAUAGUUCUCAAUUUGCUAGAUACGAAUCAAAUAGAUUCAAGAUUGGUGGUUUUGACAAUUUUGAUGCCUUAGCUACAUCAGAAGAAUUUAAUGUUGAAGGAAAAUCCAUUGGUCAAAAGGAUCAAUACAGUGGACGCUAUGUUUAUCCCAAAGGAUUGUAUGAUGUUUUAAUGUUUAUAAAGGAAAAGUACCAAAAUCCUAACAUUUACAUCACUGAAAAUGGUACUCCUUCCAACAAUCCAAAUCCAUUGGAGGACGAACACCGAAUUGAUUAUAUUGCAGCACAUAUAAACGCUACUAAAGCAGCAAUCGACAAUGGUGUAAACGUUCGUGGUUACUUCGUCUGGGCAGCAUUCGAUACCUUUGAAUUUGCAGCGGGCUAUUCUGGACAUUGGGGACUUUAUCAUGUUGAUUUUAAUAAUAGUCUCAAGCGUAUACCAAAGGCUUCUGCUAAAUGGUAUAGAAAUUUUUUGACAUCCAAUUGCGGACACUAA